AUGAAGCCGAGCACCAUCGCCAGCACUCUCCUGCCACUGCUCUCAUGCAGCUCCGGCGCCUCGGCCGCUGCAGUGCCGCCCAGCCCCGGGACCACUAACCCGAACAAUGCAGGCCGUCGCAUCCCGACGUCGUACGAAUCCGCCGUCCUCGGCCGGCGCAUCCUAGCGCUGACCCCAAUCGGCACGCUCUCCACCGUCUUCCCCAAAGACAACAAAGACAAAGACAAUGACGACGACGACUCGGCCAAGAAAACAGUAGUAGCAGUAGAAAACCGCCCCGCCGGGCUGGGCGGCAUGCCGUACGGGCUGAUGGAGUACAUAUCCGACUGCGAACAAAAAAGCCAAGGCAACCCGACCAUCCUGGCCAUCACCAUCGGCACGACCUUCAAGAACGCCGCCGCCGGCAGCAACGUCAGUUUGGCGGUGGAAUGGCGCCCUCCUCACCCGCCCGCGAAGCGUAUCAAGUCCAAGACCAGCAGCAGCUGGCUGUCGUACCUCGGUCUCUGCAACAACCACUUAAUUGAUGACGAUGAUGACAACGCCGAGCGUGACAUAUCCCUCCCCUACUCAGCCGCCAACCUCCCGCGCUUCUCACUACUAGGCCACCUAGAACCCAUCCAGGGCGGAGACGGGGCCAGCGAGCUGGCGCGGUGCUAUGUCCGCUCGCACCCGGACGCGCGGUACUGGCUUCCCGGCAACAAGAUCCACGAGAGCCACUUUGUCCGUCUGGUCGUCGAGCAGGUGUACUGGGUGGGCGGGUUCGGCGACCGGGCGUAUAUCGGCUGGAUUCCUGUUGAGGAGUGGCAUAACGUUACACGAGAUGAAUGGGAAAAGGUUCGCCUGCCCGGCGAAAAGAAGGGUUGGAAGGAGUGGUCCGUCCAAGGAGAUCUUUAA